AUGGUUGAAAAGCUAAAGAGAAAGAGAACAGAGAGAGACGAGGCCGGUGACAAUAAGAAGUCGCUACUUUCUAAGAGCGCCGAGAUCUCUUUUCCUAGAGGAGGAGGAUCGGUGCUGACGCCGCUCGAGAUCAAGGAGGUUGCGAAUGAGGCCGUUAGCGAUGCCCUAGCGGAAGCCAAAGAGUCAAAGGCCAGCAAGAAAUCAAAAAAACAAAAAGCUGUUGUAGCACCUACUGAGCAGAUUGAAGUUGAGCAUGUCACCUUCAAAACGCUUCUUCCAGGAAGCAUGGUCCUCGGACAGAUUAAGCAGGUCAAUCGCAUGGAAAUCGUUCUUUCGCUGAUGGAUAACCUGAUGGGCUUCAUUCCAAUCACAAAUAUUAGUGACGCAUUGGCUAGUCAGCUUCAAGAAUUUGAUGACGAGCAAGACGAGUCGGAUGAAGAACCAGCAUAUGGCGAUGAUGAAGACACUUUCACAAAUGGUAUAAUAUCCUCGAAAAAGAAGUCGUUCCCGCAACUAGUUACUAGAUUUCAGGUCGGACAGUGGCUGCGAGCUGUUGUUGUUGAAAGCACAAAGAGCAAGAAGAAGCGCAUUGAACUGAGCAUCGAGCCAUCUAAAGUGAACGAACCAAUCGAUAACGAGGAUUUGGUCACCAACGCUAUUAUUCAAGCCUCGGUCAAGUCUGUUGAAGACCACGGACUGGUUUUAGACGUGGGAAAAGAAAAAACUGGCGGUUUCAUUGCGAAAAAAGACGUCCAAUCCCUGGUAGAUGUUGGUUCUGUCUUGCUGGUGAACAUUGCCAGAAAAGAUGGCAGAACGCUUAUUUGCACCCCCGUCAAUAAGCUCAGUGUUGUCCAAACUAUUUCCUCGAUUGACGCAAUUCUUCCAGGUAUGGGUGUGGAAGCCUUGGUGACAGCAGUGACUAAAGAAGGUGUCAUUUGCAAGCUGUUCGGCGUAGGCAACGCUAGCAUUCCCCUUUCUCACCUUGGAGUUUACGAAUUCUCAGAGCUCAAACACAAGUUUGCUGUUGGAAGCAAACUCAAGUCGCGCGUGAUGGUUUCUUACCUUAGAGCUGGCGACAAGAGGUUCCUUCUUUCUGUUCUUCCGCAUGUCAAAUCUUUGAACACCAACGUUUUUGGAGAGACAUCUGCCCUGGAAGCCUUCCCAAUCGGCCAUAUUUUUGACUCUGUCAGAGUCAGAGGAAAAGACUCAAGCUAUAUAUAUGUCGAUGUGGGAAGCGACUUGGCAAGUGGACAGGCGCAUAUUACGAGAGUAAGCAGCACCAAAGACCUGGACAUGGACUUUAAAAUCGGUUCUACCCACCGCGCGAGAGUCCUGGGAUUCUCUGCUACUGACAACCUGUAUAUUCUCACACUCGACAAGCAGCAAAUAGAGCGCAAAUUCUUGCGAGUCGAGGACAUUCCUGCUGGCGAGCUCGUCAACUGCGAGGUUCGUUCUGUGGAUGCCGAGAGAGGAAUUGUUGUGAAGUUCGAGGAGGACUUUGAAGGAAUUGUUCCGCCAGCAUACAUGAGCGAUGUGAAAUUGAUUUAUCCAGAGAGAAAAUUCAAGAUUGGAUCCAAGAUGAAGGGACGUGUUCUGCGUGUCGUCAAUCAGAGCGGCAAGUCCAGGAUCUAUGUGACUUUGAAGAAGUCACUCGUGAACAUAGAAGACGAAGAUGUUAUCUCCAGCAUUGACCACGUUGAAGCAGGCAAGAAAACUCUUGCCACCAUAGACAAAAUGCUCCCAACCGGAUGCGUCGUGAGGUUUUUUGGGUUUGUCAAGGCCUUCCUGCCGAACUCGGAAAUCAGUGAGACGUUCGUGAAACGUCCGGAAGAUCACGUCAAACUUGGACAGACCGUGAAAGUCCGUGUCGUUUCUGUGGACAGGGAAAAUAACAGAAUCAAGGUCAGCUGCCGAGUGUCGGAGGCACUGUCGGACAUGCAAAAGAAAACGCUUUCCUCCAUCGUUCCAGGAAGGUCCAUCGUUGACGUCCAGGUUGUCGAGAAAGAAAAGGACUCUGCCAUUGUGGAGCUCACCGAAUCCGGCUUGCGUGGGAUCAUCUAUGCUGGCCACCUCGGUGAAGGAAACUACGAACAAUCUCGUGCCCAGCUGAAAAAGCUCCAAAUCGGUGCCGAGAUCAAGACUUUGGUGCUAGAAAAAGACGUGCGCUCUCGUGUGGUGAAGUUGAGUGCUAAAGAGUCGCUCAUCAAAGACGCCCAGCAGGGAAAGCUGCCGCUACAAUACAGAGACAUAGAAAUCAGCGAUGAGCUGCUGCACGGCUUCGUCAAGUCUGUGACGCCGAACGGAGUCUUUGUAAGCUUUGGAAACGGCCUGACCGGUCUUGCACUGCCUCGUCAUGCGGUCGAGAAACCUGUCGACGACCUGCAAAAGGCGUUCUUCACCAACCAGUCUGUCGCGUGUCACGUGAUCAGGGUCGACGAUGCGAACAAGCGGUUCCUUGUCUCCAUGAAAAAGGAGACAAAUACGACAUCUGAGCCCGCGCAGAACCCUGUUGACAGCAAAAUGAAGACGCUGGACGAUUUCGCCGUUGGCAGGAUCACCAAGGCUAAGGUCAAGUCUAUCAAGCAGACACAGCUGAACGUGCAACUUGCAGACAACUUGCAAGGACGAAUCGACGUAAGCGAGCUGUUUGACGGCAUUUCAGAGAUCAAGGACGCCAAGAGACCUCUAUCACAGUUCCAGGCAGGCGACGUGCUAGAUGUGAAGAUCAUUGGCUUCCACGACUCCAGAAACCACCGUUUUCUGCCGAUCAGCCACAAGAGGACUAAUCAGACCGUCUUGGAGCUGAGCGCGAAGAAAAGUAGCGUUCUCAGCCAGAAGCCGGUGGUUCCUGCCUCGAUUGGAGACUUUCACCUUGGCGACGAGUGCACGGGAUAUAUUAACAACUUUGCCAGGGGAUUCUUGUGGGUCACGAUCUCUCCAAACCUUAGAGCUCGCAUCUCCUUGAUGGACUUGUCUGACGACGCGUCGAAAUUCGAAAAUCUGGAAAAAGAGUACCCUGUUGGUUCUGUGGUGCGUGCUAAGGUGAUUGAUCUUGACACGGAACACAAUAUUUUGAGUCUGAGUGCUAGAAGCAAAGCAAUUACUUCACUGGAGGACGUGGAAGUGGGAUCUGUGAUUCCUGCCAGAGUUCUGAAGACGAGAGAGAGCUAUGUGGUUGUUGAGCUUGGCAAACAGGUUUCCGGUAUUUCUUUCAUCACCGACGCUCUGAACGAUUACACCGAUAAGCUCGACGAUAUUUUCUCCACUAAUGACAUCUGUGCUGCCACGGUGCUGGAAGUGGACCAUUCCAACAAAAAGGUCUACGUUUCGCUGCGCACCCAGGACGUGAAAGACAAGAGGAUUGCGUCGUAUGAAGAUCUCUCUCCAGGCACCCUUGUGCGUGGAUUUGUCAAGAACGUCGCCGACAACGGUGUCUAUGUUGCAUUAGGAAGAACCGUGCAUGCUCUUGUUCGUGUGAGCGAUCUGUCGGACUCGUAUUUGAAGGACUGGAAGCAGUAUUUCAAGGUUCACCAGCCUGUUUUGGGUAAAAUCACCAAAUGCGAAGGCGUGAACCAGAUUCUCAUGACUCUGAAGCAAAGCGAGAUUGACGGUGACUUCAGUCUUCUGAAGCGGUUUGAUCAAAUCCAAAAAGAUGAAGUCUAUGAAGGAAGCGUCAGACGAGUCACUAACUUCGGCGUUUUCGUGAACCUUGACGGAACGUUAAAUAUCAGUGGGUUGUGUCAUCAUUCUCAGAUCGCAGACAAUCCCGUUUCGAAUCUCGAGUCUCUGUUCAGCGAAGGUGACCGUGUGAAGGUGAAGAUUCUGGACGUUGACCGUGAGAAGCAACAACUCUCUCUUGGCAUGAAGGCUUCCUAUUUCACUGGCGAGACAGAAGAGCCUGCUGUUGAGGAAGAUGAAGACGAGGUCAUGUCUGAUGAAAGUAUUAUUGACACCGCUUUCGGACACGAGUCCGACAAGGAUGCUGAGUCGGACUAUUCUGACGACACUGAUGCUCAGGCUACCGACGGUCUCUCCGCUGGCUUCGACUGGACCGCUUCGAUUCUGGACCAGGCCAAGGAAGACGUUUCCGAUGAUGACGAGAUGGAGAAGCCAAGAAGAAAGAAGCGGAAGGUGGUUGCAGAGGAUCAGACGGCCGACUUGAACUCCCGUCUACCGCAGUCUGUGUCUGACUUCGAGAGGCUUAUUGUUGGAAACCCUGACUCGUCAAUUUUGUGGAUGAACUAUAUGUCUUUCCAAAUCCAGUUGAGCGAAAUUGACAAAGCCCGUGAAAUUGGCGAACGCGCACUCAAAACUAUCAAUUACAGAGAGGAGCAGGAGAAACUGAAUAUCUGGAUUGCGCUGUUGAACCUGGAGAACAUGUUUGGCACAGAAGAGUCAUUGGAAGCAACUUUCAAGCGCUCGUGCCAAUACAUGGAUCCGUAUGUGAUGUACCAGAAAUUGGCUGCCAUUUACACCGCCUCUGAGAAGGUGGACCAGGUGGACCAGCUGUACACGGCAAUGUGCAAGAAAUUUGGCUCACAGCAUACCUCUGUGUGGGUAGCAUAUGGAUCGUUCCUUCUCCAGCAGCAGGAAGGAGAAAAGGCCCGUGAAGUGUUGGCCAAAGCCUUGCAAGUUCUGUCCAAACGUGACCAUGUCGAGGUGGUCAAAAAGUUUGCUCAGCUUGAGUUCAGCAAGGGAGACUCAGAGCACGGCCGUUCGUUAUUCGAAGGACUAUUGUCGGAUGUUCCAAAAAGAAUUGAUCUGUGGAAUGUCUAUAUUGAUCAAGAGAUCAAGUUCGGCGACAAGAAGAAGGUGGAAUCCAUUUUCGAGAGAGUGAUCACACGCAAGCUUAGUCGCAAACAGGCCAAGUUCUUCUUUGGAAAAUGGUUGGAGUUUGAGGAGAGGCACGAGGACCAGAAGGCGUGCGACUACGUGAAAGCGAAAGCUGUAGAAUAUGCGCAAAGUCUCGGGAAAGAGUAA